AUGGCCCUCAUAGUCGACAAGCACAGGCCGCGCUCCCUGGAUGCGCUGACCUACCAUUCAGAGCUCUCAGAGCGACUACGCUCUUUAGCUCAAUCCGGCGACUUCCCCCAUCUUCUCGUCUACGGGCCGUCCGGGGCCGGCAAGAAGACUCGCAUCGUUGCCACGCUCAAGGAGCUGUACGGCCCCGGCGUGGAGAAAAUCAAGAUCGACGCCCGUGUCUUCCAGACGACUAGCAAUCGCAAGCUGGAGUUCAACAUCGUCGCCUCGGUCUACCACCUCGAGAUCACCCCCUCAGACGUCGGCAACUACGACCGCGUCGUCGUCCAGGACCUGCUCAAGGAGGUCGCCCAGACUCAGCAGGUCGACCAGUCGGCCAAACAGCGCUUCAAGGUUGUGGUGAUCAACGAGGCCGACCACCUGACGCGUGACGCCCAGGCGGCCCUGCGCCGAACAAUGGAGAAAUACUCGCCCAACUUGCGGCUCAUCCUGCUCGCCAACUCGACGGCCAACAUCAUCGCCCCCAUCCGGUCGCGGACGCUGCUCGUGCGGGUAGCGGCGCCCACGCACGAGGAGAUCUGCGACGUGCUGGCCGUGUCCGCCAAGAAGGAGGGCUGGCCGGUCGUCAAAGGCCUGCACCAGAGGAUAGCGCAGGACAGCGGCAGGAACCUGCGCAAGGCGCUGUUGAUGUACGAGGCCGUGCAUGCACAGAAUGAGAAAGUGACCGAGAAGACGCCCAUACCGCCACCGGACUGGGAGGCGUUGAUCGGCCAGAUCGCCAAGGAGAUCAUGGACGAGCACACACCGCAGCGCAUCUUGCAAGUCCGAGCGAAGCUCUACGACCUCCUCACGCACUGCAUACCCCCUACCAUCAUUCUCAAGACCCUCACCUUCAAGCUGGUGGCCGGCAUCGACGACGCGCUGAAGGGCGACGUCAUCAAGUGGUCCGCCUUUUACGAGCACCGAAUCAAGACUGGCACCAAGGUCAUCUUCCACCUGGAGGCCUUUGUUGCCAAAUUCAUGAGGAUAUUCGAGAUGUAUCUGAUGAGCAUGGACAUGUAA